AUUUGGUUUAUAUUAGAUCUCUUUGAGAUCGAUAUGUCACACCAGCCAGCGUAGAAACACUGUGCACUCUGUCCGAGCAUGAUGACCUACGUGGAACCCCGAAAAGCUCACGCGUUAUUCCGACGCUUGUGGAUGCGCUCUGCCAUGGCUCAGCACAGAUGGAGACCUUGAGUGUGCGGGCCCUGUCUGUACGCCAUGUUGAACGGACACAUCCACCUGCUAAACACCAUCCAGAGGACGUGAGAAAGGUGUUCGCAUCCGACAACACUCUCAAUCGGCUUGCCCACCUGCUGGAAAGUCAAAACUCUCGAUUACUUUGAGCUGGGGCAUCAGGCAUAUGCUCUCUCGUUCAACAUAGAUGCUCUCCACGACCAAAUCAUACAAUCUGGUGCAAUUUGUUUUAUGGUAAAGAAGCUUCAGAGCAAGGAUGACUCUCCUUUUAUAGCACACUCUCUAUCUUUGUUUGCCGUACAUGAGGCUUUUCGGGACAACAUGAUACAAUGCAAGGCACCAUCCGCGCUGGUCGAGAUGAUGACCCGCCGUUAUUUUCACAAUUCUACCCAGGGAAUGCGUGGCAUCAGCACCCUGGAGUCACUCAUUGAGCACGAUGAUCUCAGACAUGCUUUGUUUGAGGCGAAGGCUAUAGAAAAAUUAAUUGAAAUGUUGAAGACUGCCAAAACCAAGACAGUCACUGCUGGUGCUGAUUAUCUCUUCGUAUUUGCUAAACAUUACGAUAGCGCCGAGAAAAUGAUCGAUCAAGGUAUCUUAUCCUUACUUGUACAAGCCCUUGGAAAGACGGACCGAACUGUACAGUUAUCUUCUGCGAGGGUUCUUGGGAUGUUAGGAAUGUACGAUGACAUUCGCCAAACACUCAUACGCGACCACGGCGCCAAUUUGUUUACCAUGCUGCGUGGCAUACUUGGGGAUAUUCAAGUGCUAGGUGCAGCUGCAGCAUUCCGGGCACUGUCACAGUAUGAAAAUAUUCGAAAUACAGUCACUGAAUCUGUCGCUUUUUCAUACAUCGCAGAACAAUACGCAAGAAAGAAUGAUGGUGUAGUAUUGAAGCACCCACAGCUCUCGCGAGGAGAGAUACUGAAAUCAAACGAUCUUAUUAUGAGCAUGGAUAAUGUGGCGAAUCAUGAUGAAGAUCUAGCACUUGUAGCUUCCUCUGUGAAGACUCGCUCGACGCUCAAGUUGGUUGCUGCCAUUGCUGGUCUUUUUUACUGUUGUCCCUGCCUAUGUUGCUAUUUGAUCGGUGGUUGGGCAUUGGAUGAAGACUUCUUCGACACAUAAUGAUCAUCUUACAGGUUACUACGGUUUUGUGAUUUUUGUGAUUUAUUCAACUUUGGUGGUCUUUAUUUAUCUUCUGAAAACCCCAUAUCACAGGUGUUGACCUAUGCAAAGCAAUAUUUUCUCCAAUGUCUGCCUGCAUUAUCUAGUCUCUUGACUCAAUCGAAAUGAGAGACCGCAAGCGGCACAUAUACUUGCCUGAAGGCGUCCUUCAUCGAUUAUGAUAACGUCGCUUGGAUUAAGGUCCUGACCCGCCUGUCUGCUACACAGGUUCAUUUCCCCAACUACGAACACCAUGGCCAUCAGUUCUCAGCGCUCUGAAUUCCGAGAUUCUCAGACUUGUUGGUAUCAAUCACUGUUCCCCUUGUUAAUGGCCAUCAAGCUCCCGGGACCUGGUCAGUCACGGUGAUCAUCAUCACCAGACACUACUCUCCAGGUCCGGGUAAUUAUUUCAACGCCUCAGGUUCACUACACAUCGAGCAGUGAGAAUAGACUACCAAUAAUACCUACAGUUAGUUGUGACUUGAGUCUUGAAUCGCUGGCAUGGCAGGAAGUAUCAGUGCCAUACUCUUCUACCUUCGUACUACUGACGAUCCAUAUAAUAGGUUUCUAUUAUUGCGACUACUGCAGCUGUAUAUAUAGGAUGCUACAUGGCGCCUG